AUGGCCGGCGUGAGGACUGGCUCGGGCUGCGAGUCCCGCUUCCGGGCGAGGGACGCGAAUGCCCUGUUCGGAGCAGAAGCGGGCGGGCACGCCCGAAAAGAAGACGAGCAAUCAUGGGUAUGGCGAGAAAGCAGGCGGAAGCUGUUCGCGAAUGCCCUCGAGGCCGUUUUAUUACGUCUUAGUUCGUAUGCAGAUGUAUUGGAGGAUGAGUAUGAGGAUGGGACUUUUGAAGAUGAGUAUCUGGAAGAUGAUGCUGAAGUCUAUGUUGGGGAUGGAGGCGGAGGAGGUGGGAUUUCUCUGGCUGGGACUUGGUGGGACAAAAAAGCAUUAGCGAUAGCAGAACAGGUGUCUCAAUCUUUUGAUGGCGAUUUGAAGAUAUAUGCCUUCAAAACGCUGUUAAAUUGCACAAUUCAAGUUCGCAUCGAAAAUCUUUCCAAGAGGUCUGGUUCCCCUAGUAUGGAAGAUAUAGAAGCAUUUUCUGCGACCUAUAGAGCUCGUCUUGAUGAAGCCGAGGCUGCCAAAUCUGUACCAGAGAAUUUAUCUUUGGAGGUCUCAUCUCCUGGAGUUGAAAGAGUCGUUGGCAUUCCGCAUGAUUUUGAUCGGUUCAUGGAUCGACCCAUGUUUGUAAAAUAUGUCUUAGAGACAGACUCAAGUGGCUCAUCCUCGGAAGGUGAUGGCAUCUUCAAACUCAUUUCGGUCGACACGGAGACCAAAUGUUGCACCUGGGGUCUAGCCAAUGUAAGAGCAAACAGAGAAAAAGCUGGUAAAGGAAGGCCUCUUAGCAAAAAGCAACGGGAAUGGCGCUUAACUACAUCCUUUGAAUUGUUACGCCUUGUUCGAAUAUAUUCUGAGAUCUGAAAAUUUUACUCAUGGCAUGUCUGCAUACUGCAUAGGUGUUGUUACUAUCUGUAAUAGUAGUUAAGAGCUCAUAUUUUUUUC